AUGUCCACUUUCCAAUAUCAAGAUAAACUAGAGAAACUACCAAUCCCUGAUUUGAAAUCAACUUGUGAAAAUUAUCUAAAUGCCUUAAGACCAUUACAAACUGAAGCUGAAUUUAAAGAGACGCAGGCUGCUACUCAUAAAUUUCUCAAUGGUAUAGGUCCCUAUUUAGAUCAACAACUUCGAGAAUACUCCAAGACAAGACCUUCAUAUAUUGAACAAUUUUGGUAUGAUUCUUAUUUGAAUUAUGACUCUCCAGUUGUUUUGAACUUGAACCCAUUCUUCUUAUUAGAAGAUGAUCCAACUCCAAUUAACAAUACCCAAGUUAAAAGAGCAACUUCAUUAACUCAAUCUUCAUUAGAAUUCAUUAGAGCUUUGAGAAGAGAGGAACUACCACCUGAUAUGAUUAAGACAACUCCGUUAUGUAUGGAUCAAUACCAUAAAUUGUUUGGUUCUGCAAGAAUUCCAACUCAAACUGGUUGUGUUAUGCAAAGUGAUUCUUCAUCUCAUCAUAUUAUUGUCUUGUCAAAAUCUCAAUUGUAUUGGUUUGAUGUCUUGGAUAGAAAUAAUGAUUUGAUCUUGAAUGAUGAUGAAAUGUCUAUUAAUUUUGAAAGUAUUGUUAGAGAUUCAAUGAAGACAACUCCAAGUGAAUUGGCUAGAUCAAGUUUUGGUGUUUUGACAACUGAAAAUCGUAAAAAUUGGGCAAACUUGAGAAAUUCUUUGUUAAAUGAUCCAAUAAAUUACAAAAUCUUGAAAAUUAUCGAUUCUGCUUUAUUUGUUGUUGUUUUAGAUGAUAUUGAAUUGGAUACACUACCAGAUUUAUCUAAAAAUAUGCUUUGUGGUAUAUCAAAAUUGGAAAAAGGUGUUCAAGUUGGUACUUGUACAAAUAGAUGGUAUGAUAAAUUACAACUAAUCAUUACCAAAAAUGCAAAAGCUGGUGUUAAUUUCGAACACACUGGUGUUGAUGGUCAUACUGUCCUAAGAUUUUGCUCAGAUAUUUAUACUGAUUCUAUUUUAAAAUUUGCUAAAUCAAUCAAUCCAAAUUCUCCAUCAAUUUGGAAAUCAAAAUCUCCAUCAAUUUUAAAUAAAUCCUCAAUCGAUACAAAUAUUAUUACAAUCCCAAGAAAAUUGGAAUGGAAUCUAACUUCGGAUUUAUCAUUAUCUUUAAGAUUUGGUGAAACAAGGUUAUCUGAUUUAAUCUCUCAAAAUGAAUUUGCUACAUUAGAGUUUAAAAAUUAUGGUUCUGAUCUAAUCAAAAAGUUGAAAUGCUCACCAGAUGCAUUUGUUCAAAUGAGUUUCCAAGCUGCCUAUUAUGCAUUAUAUGGUAAAGUUGAAUGUACUUAUGAACCUGCAAUGACUAAACAAUUCUUACAUGGUCGUACUGAAGCUAUUAGAACAGUUUCACUUGAAUCAAACUUGUUUGUUAGAAGAUUUUUUGAAGAUGUUCCAGGUAAAGACAAGUUAGAAUUCCUAAGAAUUGCAUCAAAGAAACAUUCAGAAACCACUAGACGUUGUUCUCAAGGUUUAGGUCAAGAUCGUCAUUUAUAUGCAUUGUUUUGUAUUUGGAAACGUUAUGUUGCUGAUCACGAUGAUUCAAAUGCUGAUGACACUGAUGGUGAAGAUGGUGAUACUCAUUCAGAUUCCACUAUUGGUAAUUCUGAAAGUAUGGCUUCAUUUGGAGGUAAAUUUGAUAAAAAUGAAAUUCCAUCAAUCUUUGCAGAUUCAGGUUGGGAUAAAUUGAACAAUUCAAUCAUUUCAACUUCAAAUUGUGGUAAUCCUUCAUUAAAAGUUUUCGGAUUUGGUCCAGUUGCUUCUAAUGGGUUUGGUAUCGCUUAUAUUAUCAAAGAAAAUUCAAUCACAGUUUGUGUUUCUUCAAAGCAUCGUCAAACUCAAAGAUUUAUUGAUACUUUAAAGAAUUAUUAUGAAGAAAUUGAACAUAUUUAUAAAGAAGAAAUCUUGAAUGCAGAAAAGCAAAAGGAAAGAGGAAGAUUACAACAUGCAAGAUCAGGAAACUUGAACUAUUUAUUAGGUGGUUAUGGUUACUUUGACUUGGAAGAUGAUGAAAUAAAAUCAAGAGGUAACAGUCCAGAAAGAUUUGGUUUCAAAAAAUCUGGUUUUUCAAGUAGACAAUUGAGUGAAAAGUUGAGAUUAGCUGAAUAUUGA